AUGCUCAGUGGUAACAUCCUCAUGCAAGCACUUCGUCACAUCCAGCUCAAGCUACACAUCAAUUUAGCCAAGCUCAAAGACGAAAUCAAGAACCCUGACGUGGAUCGUAUUUCGCCGCUCAUCAAGGGUAUUGAAGCACGGAUCAGAUUGCUGAAAAAUGUGAGGGAUACCAGCACGAAGGACGAGGUCGAGGACAGCCAAGAUACGGUCCUUAGCAUGGUCGCCGUCUUCAUAUUCAUCGCCUUGGCUAUUGGUGCGUUUUCGAUGGGUUUUGCCAUGGCUUUGAAGAAUGGAAGUGUGGGCAGUGCUACUGACGCCGACUUUUGGUUUCUCCUGCAGGGAAACAUCAUGUGGACGCUCGGCAGUAUCAUGAUGAUCGUACCUCUUUUCCGAGGCUCCUGGUUCGCCCCGGCAUAUCUGUCAAUGUGGAUUUUCCUAACUGCAGGAUUUCUAUGCAAUGUGGCUUCAGUAGCAAUAUAUAUACAAGUGAACACGGGCUGGAGCAGCAUGCUAGCAUUCUUUGGAUCAAUUGCUUCUGCUGCUGCUGUACUUGUUAUGACACAGGGAACAACAAAGCCGGAUCGGAAGCGUAAGCUUAAGGCAGACUAG